CGUUUGGACAGGCCGGUUGAAGCUGAUUGCAGAUCUGAAAAUUACGGUGUUUUCGCUCCCUGUUUCAUUGUUCCCGGGGGUCUAUGCCAGAGGAAUUCUGGACAUUGUCCCAAUCCCAAACUCUUUGUUAAAUGUCUCCCUCCCUAUCCCCCACCCUCAGCGGCUCGCUAACCGGCUGUCCAGACCCAUCAGUUAACGUCAUGCCCGGGGCUGGCAGCUGAUAAAUGUGCUUCCUGAUACUCCGCUGCUUCGCUUCAGAGGACCGAGGCGAACAGCAGCGACCAGUAGCUGCUCGAGUGGCUGCUGGGAGAGUGAAGGAUGUCAACCUAUAAUGUGUCUCUCAAUGGCCCUGCACCGUGGGGCUUCAGACUGCAGGGAGGAAAGGAUUUCAACAUGCCCCUGACUAUAUCCAGAAUAAGCCCAGGUAGUAAGGCAGCCCAAGCCAACAUCAGCCAGGGAGAUACUAUCGUGGCCAUAGACGGGGUCAGCACAGAGGGCAUGACUCACCUGGACUGCCAGAAUAAGAUCAAGGCUGCCACCUACUCCCUGAACCUGACCCUCCAGAAAUCAAGACGCCCAGGCCCAGUUCCCACUGCAACUCUUCGGAUGGACUCUCCCAUGCCAGUUAUCCCUCAUCAAAAGGAACCAGCUUCAGGAAUCGACACCAGUGGAAAACUGACGUCAAGCCCUGAGUACCAGCUCAGUAGGACUGCAUGGGCCUCUGCUAGCAUGCGCUCUGCUAAUGGGAUGUCCUCUGAUCACCUCAGCACGAGGGACAGCAGCUUGACACGUAGCUCAGAGAUGACAGCAUCUUUCAGGCAAACGUCUUCCAUGACAACAUCAAUGUUCUCUCCAGCUACUUCUCUGACCUCAAGCCUUUCACCUCAAAGAGGGGUCAGCACUUCUCGGGCAUCAGGAAGGGUUUAUGAUGUAACUGGUAUUAAAGGUACAACGUCUAGCUCUGGCCAUCGGAGGCAGUACAACAGCCCUCUGGGCCUGUAUUCUAGAGAGACAAUUGAUGAAAUGGUCAGGGCAACAGCCCAGAAGGAUGACAGGCGAGACAGAGUCUCUGCAGGUGGAUUCCUCCAAGGUAACCUACAUGUUAAAGAUGCUCUAGUCGACAGUACCUCUCCAGUCUACCAGGCUGUUGUUCGUAACUCUAACAAGCCCCAACAGACUCACCAGCAGGAGCUGGAUGAAUGGACUCGCCGGGCUGCCAAUUUGCAGUCCAAAUCUUUCCGUAUGCUUGCUCAGAUGACUGGAACACAAUACUUGCAAGAUCCAGAUGAGGAUGCGAUGAAAAGAUCAAGUAGCUUCAUGGAGGACAGGUUCGACACUACUGAGACCAGCACACCUAUUGAGCACGCUCAGCCAGCUUCGUCAGCAUCCAGCCCUGCCUGUGCUGCUAUGCCUGUUGCUUCAGCCAAUCCGCCUGCUGUCGCUAACUUGAUGGCAUCGCCGAUCUCACCACCUGCUGCUGCCGGUCAAGAUCGUACUGCUGUGCCGACCUCUCCUGCUCUGCAAAGAAUGGCUGCACCUUCCAUUGCUUCACCAGCAAUGCUUGCUGGGUCCAGGACUACAUCCCUGGCUGCUGCCACUGUAACUGCUGCUAUCUCUGCGCAGACUAGAUCCGGUGUCAACCCACUCAAACCAAGGACUGCCUUGGAGGCGAUUUGUAUAACUCCACUCCUCAACGCACCUUCCUUACCCAAACGAAGCAGGCCUAGCUCUGUUCCUCCGGGAAAAGCAAACCUGAGUUGGCAGCAGAGGACCUCUUCCUCCAUCAGUCACCAGUCUCAAUCAGCACAUACCACAAGGACUAGUCACGGUUUCUCAAGCAACACCGAUGUGAUCAGGCCUCCAGCAUCUCAACUCUGUACAGACGCCUCAAACGUAUCUUCUAAACCAAAGGUUGUCAGCACAGCGAGUAUCAAACCUGCAACUGUUCACUCAACUGGAGAGCACAUGCACAGUAGCACUGCCACAUUCAAUGUUGCUAAGCCUGCUCCAGCCCCUCCGAAUGAACCAACCGCUCCAACAUCAGGUGGACGACCGCCAUGGGUAACAGAUGACAGCUUUGCCCAGAAGUUCCAGCCUGGGAAAAGCACCACUACCCUCACCAAACAUAUUCAGCCUUUGCCUCAUUCUGCACCACCAAAACCAUUUGUGUCAUCCUUGCCGCAGACACCUGUUCAUGUUCCUACACAUGCUCCAGUGCCAGGGCAGACCAUUGGAGGCACUCGCAACCUUGUGCAACGGGCUGAGAGAUUCCCAGCAAGCAGCCGAACUCCUCUAUGUGGACAGUGUAACAGUAUUAUCAGAGGUCCUUUCCUAGUGGCCUUGGGUCGCUCCUGGCACCCUGAAGAGUUUAACUGCACUUACUGCAAGACCUCCCUGGUCGAUACUGGAUUUGUAGAAGAGCAGAACAAUAUUUACUGUGAACGGUGCUAUGAGCAGUUCUUUGCUCCAAAUUGCGCUAAGUGUAAUACAAAAAUAAUGGGGGAAGUAAUGCAUGCCCUGCGACAGACUUGGCACACCACCUGCUUUGUCUGUGCUGCCUGUGGAAAAUCUUUUGGGAACAGCCUUUUCCAUAUGGAAGAUGGAGAGCCCUACUGUGAGAAAGAUUACAUUGCCCUCUUCAGCACUAAGUGCCAUGGCUGUGAUUUCCCUGUGGAGGCUGGCGAUAAAUUCAUUGAAGCGUUGGGUUAUACCUGGCAUGAUACCUGCUUCAUCUGUGCUGUGUGCCAUGUAAAUCUAGAAGGUCAGCCAUUUUAUUCCAAAAAGGACAAGCCACUCUGCAAGAAGCAUGCUCAUGCAAUUAAUGUUUGAGAUGCUCAGGGACCAUCAAAAGAAAGCCUGGAGGAAAUCCUAGUUAAAAGGAGAACAUGGACAGCAGCUAUCCAACAAAAAGAUCCAACAGCUGCCUUUUAAGUCUUUUCAUUCUUGUUUAUUUUGUUUUAAUUAAGUUUCAAAUAAUUUAAAUAAUAUUGUGAGUGUUUUGUACAACCUCAGUUGCUGGGUGGGCUGCAGGAUAUUGUGGGAACACACUUUUUCCACAGCCAAUUACAGUAGCUUCACACAAUGCUUUAUCAGGCACACUCAAUACUAACAAAACACAUUGCACAUAACUGGAAAGUUUACAGAGUUAAGCUCGAUGAAUACUAUUCUGCUGAUCCUGAUUUGAUAGCUAAUAUUUUUCUUAACCAGCAGGUUUCCUAUUGAACAGAUAAAAUCUCCACCUGCAUUAAGCAGCUAUCCUUUAAGUUUAUGUCUGUAAUUACUGUUUUAAAUGGCUUAGUCUUGUCUUUUGUGUUAGUGACUUUAAGUUGGGGUGUAAUCACACUGAUACUUUGUUUUUGCCACAUACUAUUUGUGUUUGUACGUGGAUGUGUUAAACCAGGCAACUACUAACAAUGUCAUAGUUUAACUUUCUUGUUUAAAAUUUUUAAGUUGUCCCUUAUCGAGCAAAAAUCUGAGUGGGGAUACAUUUGACAUUGACAGUUAUGCCACAGCCAUCCCCAUUUAUAUUGUUUUUGGAGGUGAAGGGGAAAAAAACAACCUGCUUGCAUUGUGGGACUGUCUGGGCACUAUUCUCUCAACUGUACAUGAUUCCAUAUUUAUGCUUUAGAAUAUGUCUUGAACCUUAAAAUAAGCUUGGUUACAAAAUAGCAAUGUGACAAAUCAAUUGCAUGCUUCUUAAAGCUUAUAAAUGUUGAAAUUCUGGUCACUCGGGCUGAUUCAGUUGAUGUGAUUUGUCCAAACUUGACAGAGCUGCGUAAAAGAACAAGAAAUUUUACGUGCAAAUUAUGUUCACAAAAAACAAGUUUUAUGACCUUUUAAGCGACUUUAGAAAAACAGUGGCAGACAUCAGCCCGACCUACAGAACUGGCUAUGUCCUCCUCUUGGUGAUCUAAUCAUCAGUGGGAGCUUCUGCUAAUUGCAAGGUUUACAAGUCAAGGAGGCCAUAAAUAUAAAGCUAAUUAGUUCUUUUAGGUGCAAGGACAUUGGUGAGAAAAAAAAGCUAACGUGUUGCACCAAAACUAGCAAAUGGUGUUCAGUUUUAAAGUGCUGCCUAAUUGUGAUGCUUUAAUGGCAGAUAUGCAAGUGAGCAGGAAUUCAAAGGAAACAUUUUUUCAAAAUGCAUGGCAUAUUUAGAUGCGAUUUGUGGCCAGAUCACUAAUUGCAUCCAAAGUUGUAUUGUUUUAAGAUUUGAGAAUUUAUCUUAUCAGAAAUCAAACUUAUUCAAACAUAGCCAUUUUGAUCAGGGAAGAGUGAAAAGAAUUGCACCUUAAUUGUUUCUGUUUCUGGUUCCUGUAAAAUAUUUCACAUUUUAUCCUGUUUGAUUUGUCAUUUUUUUUUAAAUUUGGCACUACCUUGAGUUUCACUGAGUGGAUUGGCUAUAGUUAAAUCAAAAUGAAAAUCCCAAUUACAGAUAAUUUGUUCACAUUCUGAGUGUCAAGUAACCUUUUUUUGAGCCACUAAGGUAAUUGAGAUAUUUUUAUUAUUUGUUAUUUCUAAAUUUUCUGACAGUGACAUCUCGCAGUGAGUUAUUCCCUUUUUAUAUGCUAAACUAUUCAUUAUAAUACUACUCUUAUCUAAAUUUAAAACUGGCCAAUCUCCUCUGGUAUUGCUUAUAGCCAAAAUUAAUAUUAUAUCUUUGAUUCUAAUCUUCACAAGGGAUUAUUCAGUAGGUGGUGCUGGGGUGAGGUGGAACGGGACAUCAUGAUGCUUUGGUGUACAUUUUUUCCAAAGACGCUCGCACCAAAGUCAGCCUAAAUGGCAGGCUUGGUUGCCACCCUGGCAAAUACACCACAGUAGCAGAUCACUAUUGCUAGUGGACAGCCUAUAUGGCAGAGGUGUUCCAAUCCCUGACCAAUUAGGAAGUGACUUCUGAAUUGCUGUGUUGUGAUGGGAACUAGGGGAGCAGAGGAAGGUUUCCAAUCCAGGGGAACAAAAUAAGCAUGGAUCAGCAGUACACGUAGUGCUGUAUUGAGCUGGGAGAUAACCUGCCAUAUAUCUGUAUGAGAAGCAGGCGUUGUUAUUAGGACCUUGGUGCACAUUAAACUCUGAAAUAAUAAUUUAGCUCCAAAGUCACACAAGGAUGCAUAGGAUUAAAACAAAAAUCUUCUAAUUUGGACUGAUCAAUCUUUAUGCCACUGCUGUAUCAAGUAAAGUUUCAAUUACUUUUCUGUUGUCAUUGAAUUGUUGUUUCUUUAAAUUUUCUUCUCUCUCUCACUAAAUCUGCUAUAAUUGCUGAUUUGUGAACUUCUAUUUCAUCACUAUUCAUUCUUAUCUUCUUUCAAAUGGGAGGUAAUAGGUUAAUUCUGAAGAAACUGAAAGAGUUAGAUUUCUUUGACUGCAUCAGAAUUAAAUAUUUCCUUCUUAUCAUCCAGGGAUUACUGUUUCACUACAGGUGUGAUAGAUCUUAAGUACUAAAGUAAAGCAAUAAUCAGCCCUACUUUACACUCAACUAAACGUACAUUUCAAUCAAGUAAUAGAAAAUAGAAAUUUCAAUGAAACCUAAUACAGGACAAAGUGUAGACUGCUGAUUCACUGUCACCUGUUUUACAGAUUUCAAUUCCCAUGUGUUUCUAUUGGUUAGAAACCCCUCUCCCUUCACCUGCAUCAGAUGUACUCACUACAUUCUCACAUCUUCCGCAUCACUCAACACCAAAAUCAGCUGUAUGGAAUUGUGUCCUUAACCUUGUAACAUCCAUUAUAUCUAAGCAUCGAUUCUACCUAAGACCGGUAUUGUCACCUUACAGCUGUCUUGCCUUUUUAUUUCUCUUUCCUUUCUCCCCAUCUCUCCCUGAAAGUGUACUAUAAACAACAGAGUGAUUUAUUAUAUAUUUCCUUCCCGUAAACAACUUCCCCACCAUGAAGCUCCUCCAUGAAGACUUGCUCCAGUUUCUGUUCUUGCUUCACUUUUUUGGUCUAUCAUGUCUCCUAAUGAUCUUUCUAUGUUUCUGCUUGUGACCACUACUUCUCUUCACAUUUCGACUUUGUCCUGUUUUCUCCUUGUGCUAGCUUGCUUUGUCUUCUUUUCUUAUCCCAAAACUUAAAUCUAUUCUUAGUAAUAAAUGGGAAACAGCCUUUUUAUUCUACUUGAACUAAAACUUGAAAUCCUUUUAAAAAGGAGUUGAACAGUUAGGUGAAUGAUCCAAAACAGAAUACCAAUGUAUGCAAAAGUAGUAAAUCAAAGAAUACAAGCAAAUUAUCAAGGAAUAGUGCUGUAGGUCUGGAAAACUGGGACUGUAGGAUAAUCCUCAGUAUUAGAGGCUGAGACAGGUGCUGGAGCAAGCAGGUAGCUGGACUUUGGUGCCAAAUUCCUGAGGUGGAAGUGACAAGAACCAGGAUUUUAGACAGAACAGAUGGCACAUGCCUAAAUUGACAAGCAGCAGUUGAAGAGAAGCAAGAAUGGAAAGAAAUGUGGACUAGUUGGCAGAAAGAGCAGGAUGGUGAGGAUACAGAGAUUAGAAGUUUGGGGAGCUACCAGCCAGAAUGCAACUUUGGUGAUUUUGGAUCAGAAAAUAUAUCAGAGCUGUUGGAUAUGAAGAAACCUUAGCUUAAGGAGUAAUAACAUUGAGACGCUGCAAGUUAAAUGUUCACUAGAUAUUUAAGGCAUUUGUCUGUGUGGAUACAGCUCAGCACAGGAGGAUAUCACUUAGAAGACAAUCCGACAUCAUUAUAGUGUAAGUGACAGUUCUCCUGGAAAACUGCUAACAUGGCUGACCAGCCCAUGACAGAGCUGCUGAGAAAAGGGGCAAUUUGAAAAAAAUCUUUUUACUGUGUACUUUAAAUUUAGAGGCUGGGUAAUUGUCUAAUUUCUUUUACUAUCACUUUUAAUCAUGUACAAAUGCUAUUUAAGAAACAUUCUUAAAAGGCAAGAACUCUGUAACCUCAUGUGAGCAGAGGGGAGGCAACAGCUUCGUGGUAUUAUUGCUGGACUGAAAAUUCAAAGACCCAGAUAAUGUCCUGGGGACCUGGGUUUGAAUCCUGCCAUGGCAGAUAGUGGAAUUUGAAUUCAACAAAAUAUCUGGAAUUAAGAAUAUAAAUGAUGACCACAAAUCCAUUGUCAAAUGUCAGGAAACAGCCAUCUGGUUCAAUAAUAUCCUUUAGGGAAGGAAACUGCCAUUCUUGUUUGGUCUGGCCUACAUGUAACUCUAGACCCACAUCAAUGCGGUAGACUGUGAACUGCCCUCUAGGCAAUUUGGGAUGGGCAAUAAAGCUGCCGAGCCAGUGAUGCCCUCAUCCUAUUAAUGAAUUUUUUUUAAAAUUACAACCAGUGAAAACUUAUUUAUAAAUUGUACUAGCACUGUGUUUAGGGCUUUUCUGCCAGAGGUCAAGUCAACAAUCCAUUUUUCACAGUGGCUGAUUCACACAUUGCAAGGCCCUUCUUAAGAUUUAAUAUCUGCCCAAGAUUUUGUGAUGUUAUUUCUGAUUGUUUCCUGUUGGCAUUAAAGUUUAUCAUAUUUGUAGCUUGCUGUAUGAUUCUUCAGUAGUACUAUUUCUAAAACUACUUUUAUCAUAAGGUGAUUAAACUUGCAAUGAUUUAAUUCAUUUCUGCAAAUGGCAAAAUGGCAUUUUUAAAUUCAAUCUCAUUAAUCCUGACUCUAAGAUACCUGCAGACCUUGCUCAUGAAGAGUGUGCUUGUGUACCCACUGCAGAAUUUCUCGGCCAAUCACAGGUCUCAGUAGCAGAGGCCUCCUUUGCUAGAAGCUGCCAGCUUGCUGAUUUCUAAAGAUCCACAGUUGAUGCCUAUUCUUCAAGUGAUCCAACAGAAAGAAGUUGUAUAUUUCUUUUGCUUUUCAUUGGGUGAUUUCACUGGAAGAAACGAAUUGGAAGAUCAAAGGCAAGGGCAAAGACCUGGCUUUCAGCAGCUGUGUCCUGCCCCCAGUUGGCUCCAGAUUGAGACAAAUGGAAGCCCUUCCCCAACCAACAGGCUGGUUACCUAUUUCUUAGGUGGAACCAGACACUUUUCCCUCCUCCAGAAAUGUAGGCAAGCAGAUCAGUGGUAACUUGAGGCCCUUAAGUACCAACUAAUUUACCACUUGAAGGUCUUAAUCUCUGGUGAGUCAAUGAUAGGGUACAUGAAGGGAGCUGCAGAGGUACAGCCCCAACCCUGAACUGGUUCAAACCCCAUCUGCUCCAGGGGGUGUGCAAUAACAUCUCUGAACAGGCUGAUAGAAAAAUAGGCUAAUUAAAAAACAGAAUAGGGCUCUGCAAGUCUGGGCAGUGAGCUGUAGAGGGUGUCAUCUUUACUGAUUGCCUGCCCAUCUUCUGUGAUUACGUUCAGGCCUGGGUGUCGUUGGAUAGGGAAUGCAUAGUGUCUACCAAUGCUCUUGAUACCUUCAGAGAGAGGUAGGUACUGUGGGGGUGGAAUGCUUUAUUUCCCCAUCUAUCUCCAUUUUGAUUUACGCCCCUCCCUUUCUUUGCCUAUCCUCCCUCACUUUUUUUGUUAUCAGCAUUGUCCUUAAUGGGUUUUGCUUGUUAAUACAUAACUGACCACAUGGGUGUUCAUCUGGUGGUGGAAAAUAUGUAUAACAAAGUCUACUCACAGGAAAAAAAAUAUUCUUUUGGUGCAGUGGUAGUGUUCGUACCUCUGCGCCAGGAGGCCUGGGUUCAAGUCCCACCUUCUCCAGAGGUAAUAAUGUCCCAGAACAGGUUCAUUAGAAAUUAUUAAGAAGUCCCCAACGGACUGUGUCUUCCAGCAGUUAAUUGCUGAGGUGUCUAGAAUGGGAUGUCACCCAAUUAUUUGGCCUUCUAGCCAUGUCCAGGGAGAAGAAAAUGCUAUCUUCAUAUAGCCAUCAGCAUUCAUGUACUACACAAAAACAGUCUGAUUAGUUCCAAUUAACCAAUUCAAAAUUGAUAUUAAAUCUAUUUAAAUAAUAUUUCCCUCAAAGCUUUGCCCUCCCCUUAUCACUUUUAUCCACAUUCAGUAUUGUAAACCCCAAGCUUUUAACUCUUCCAUUCUGACCAUUUGUGCAACCCUCCACUCUUGGCCACUUCAGAGGGGACAGCUCAUUAAUAAUCUCGGGCCCUCACUCUGAAAUUCAUUCAAAACCUCCACCUUCCAAUAUCAAUCUCCUCUUUUAAGAGCAUCCUUAAAGCCUAUCUCUUCUAACAAAUAUUUGAUCACCUUCUGUCUCCUUCAUUCAAUUGGUAUUCAUUUUUUGAUUCCACCUUUCUGGAAGACUUUGAGAUUGUUUACUUUGCUAACGAGGAGAUAUAAAUGCAUUUUUUUUGUUGUAUGAAUGUGUCCCUCAUUUAGGAAGAAGCAAUCACCUUGAUGCCCACAGAAUGUCUCAAAACUCUUAACAACAAUGUUUUUAUUUGUAGUGCAGUCACUGCUCUUUGAUUUGUGACACAAGAUCUUUCUUAAAAUGCAAUGAGGUGGAAGUUAAAAAUAUCAUGGUGGUCUUUAUCACCUGUUGAUGUGAUGAUAUGUUCCAAAAGAGAAUAAGAGUGACAUUCCUGAAAUUGAAGUUGCUCUCGCACCAGAACAACAAUACAAGGCAGACUGAAAACUAGGACAUUUUUAACUCAAAGAUAUUUUGUAUUCCAAUAUUGUGGUGAUUGUGGCAUGAACCAGCACAUUGGAUAAUCUUUCAUUUUAUUAAGAGCAAGGCAAAUCUUUCAGAGGUUGCCUCAAGUUUGAAAAGGAUGGGAGAACUGAUGUCUUCUAUUCAGUUUCCUCUUUCUUGUCUACAAAUGGCAGUCAGUUUCAGUUUCAGUCACUCCACGAAUGGAUGGCAAAUGGAAUCAGUGUGUUGCUUUAAUGUUGAACGAAACCUGUGUGGCAAGAUUGGAAUUAAUUUCACUUCCUUGAUGUUAGAACUGCUGUUGUAUAGGCUUUGUGAGUUCUGCUAGAUAAGGGCAUGAUUGCCAAGUUUUGUACUUAAAAAUUGCUGCUGUAAACUACACACCUUGAUGACAGCACAAAACUAAAACAACUAUCUGAACAAAUUCGCAUUAUUGAAUACAUAGUGGGCACCUGUAUUAUCUCACACAAUGUGAUCAAAGCUACAUUCUAUUAAUUUUUCCCAUCCUUUCCCAUUCAAAUUUUAUUCUAAGCACUGAAGAUUGAAUCAUGUGACUGAAGAGAAAGUUUGUAGUAAUCUCAGCAAAUUGCAUGAGCUUAAAAAAUAUUAUUUCACUUUGUUGUAACAAUCCUGUAUGCACUAAACAUAUGAAGUGUGGGCCAUAAGCUUGUUUCUAAUCUUAGUUUCACAAGUAUCAGAGGUUCAUCACUCAGUCAAACUCUCAUAUUUUGCAUGUGUAUCUUUUUUGUCUUGAGCCUUACCCUGACAAAGCAGCGAGGAGAAAAUUAAACAGAGGGAAACCAAGCAGAUUCUGUUCCCAGUGUCUGGUCCUUCAUACCCAAUUUUUCUGUGUCCUGCCCAGGCUUAAUACUCAGUAUGUAAAGCCAUAAAUCUACUCUGUCAGACAUCACAUGACACCAGGUUUUGGAGUGUAGCCCCUUCAUCAGGUAAAGGAGCUAACCUCUAAAAGCUUGUGUUUUCAAAUAAACCUGUUGGACUAGAACCUGGUUAAUAAAAUGAGAGGCUGGA